AUGCCUGGCUCAUCCAUCACCUCUUGCAUCUCUACCCCGACUACCAAUCUCUCCAUUACCUCCUGUGUCUCUACCCCAGCUACUAACUUCUCAAUUACCCCCAUGCACGAUGGCGCUCUAACUCUCAUGACUUCUACGGAAGACCACUUCCUGUUCCCUCCUUUUGCUCAGGAGAAGCCAUUUUCCCAUCCCGAAAUUCACUCAGAUUGCAACCUCGAGCCUCCCCGGAGCCCCGAUGGGGAGGAUUCUUACACGGAAUGGACUCCUCAGCACGAGAGCUCUGAUGGAGGUUCCGACAACACCUCCAGACCUGGAACCCCCUCAGUCACUGAGCACGCCGAAGAUGAUACCGCCGUUUCGAUCAGGCCUUCGCGCCACGUUGACUACUUGUCCCAUGACUGGAAGGAGGAGGAUAUCAGGUCUUCCUGGAGAUACAUUACAACUCGGCGCGCCGACUUUCCCAAUAGCGCCCGAUUGGAAAACGCUUCUUGGAGAGCCUGGGUGAAGGUGAAAAAUAAUCUACGAACCGUUUCGGCCGAAACCAUUAACUGGUUCAAGGAUAGCGAUGUUACUUGGUUGUACGGUCCGUUGCAAUCAGAGACCAAGCCCAUUCACGAUACCCGCGCAGCGCGAUCAAGCAUCUCACAGUCAAAGACGGACUUGUCUGUCAAUCUCAACAAGAAGCCAAUCCUCAAGAAGAGGAGCAUGUCUCAGGUCACUCUUCAGAGGCCGUUGUCCACUACCUCACUUUUAGAUCAAGCCGCAGCCACCAUCCAGGCCCAAGAAACACAAGGCAUCCCGAGGCCCAGCAACAACAGGCGCGGAGCCGUUGAUGAUUUCGCCUACCCCUUCUCUUCAAGGAGGAUGAGUGUUGAUAGCAGCGGCCUGGCAUCUCCGACGGAGUCUUCUGGGAUUACAUCCACUAGUGCUAAGCGGAGGCAGAUUCGCUUUAACGAGCAAGUUGAGCAGUGCAUUGCUGUUGAUGUCAGGGCCGAUGACAAGGAUGAGAUGGAGGCGUGCCCAGAUUGCUACGGUGACAAUAGCGAUUCGGAUGAUGGUGUUAUUCUGAAUCGGCUCAGGGUCAAGAAACAAACUGCCAAAUCAAAGUCGACGGGGGACAAGACCAUUGCCAAACUUCCCUCGACGACCCUUAAGGACCGCAAGGAUACGAGGCACCCACGCAGCCCACCCUUGUCUCCGUCGUCUUCGCAAGAGACAAUGCUUCCAUCAAAUCCAUCUGCAAGGUUCUUAUUUGACGAGGAUGACGAUGAAGACGCGCUCCUAAGCCCCGGCUACAGCAGCAGCAGUAGCAAACCCGUUGGGAUGCGCCGGAAAUCUUCUGGAAUGCUAAUACCCCGCGAGGAGGGCCACCCAAACCCCGAUGAAGGCCUUUAUGGUCAAGUUCUCGACAAGGGCGACACUUCGUGUCACAUUGCCCGCGUCCACUGGAAGAGAAAUUGA